AUGUAGUUUUUAAGAUGUUUUUUAAAUAUAAUAAUUUUAUAUUAGGCCGUAUAAUUACAAGACAAAUUUUUAGCACAAAUGUUACACUAAAAGCAAAAUGUUAUUACGACAUACUAGAAAUUCCAAUUGAUUCAACCGCAAAAGAUAUUCGCACAGCUUACAUUAAACUAUCGAAAAAGCUUCAUCCAGAUAGGAAUAAAACAAAAGAUACAAGUAGAGAAUUUGUACAACUGAAUGAAGCGUAUCAAACAUUAAGUGAUCCGAUUAAACGUCGUGAGUACGAUUUUGGCAGGACUACCACUUCUAACAGUUACAAAAGCAACACUAAUAAUUCUGGCCCAAGAAAUGUUCACGAAAUGUAUGGUUUUGAUAGUCCUAAAGCAAAUUGGUCAAACACAAGCAUGGGUUCGGCAUACUAUGGAAUAAAGGGAGUGAAUAGAAUUUCAAAUUUUUGGAUAGUGAUGAUAUGUUUACUAUUUACAUCUUUAGGUGUAGGUUUACAAAUUUUAGCUAUAAGAGAAUCAUUUACAUUUCAAAGGAAACAACUCGAUCAAAAAUCAUUAGAAAAUGCCCAAAUAUUGUCGAGUGUUCGUGCACGGGCAAAUGAUGGUAAUGAUAUACAGUUAGAACGAUUAAGGCGUAAGGCUGAAGCUGAACAAAGGAUUUAUAUUAGUAACAAGAAAAAUGUUACCUCAGGGGAAAAUAGCUUUAAUUCUAGAAAACGUAGAAAUAGAAUACAACCACCAAACAGUGCAAUAGAUGAUGAAGUUUGUACAAAGAAGUCGCAUCGUACAUCUGCAAUUCGAAGAUGGACCAGAAAAAAUGAUUAGAUGCCUGGAAAAUCUAUAACAUUUGAAUGUCGAGCUUUUUUAUAACAAGCUCGUAUUUUAUAUAAAAUACAAUCAGAUUUUCACUUAUUCUGUCCAAUUUUGUGUGUGUGUGAGAAAAUUAACAAAACAUAAGUUUAAUAAAAAAAAAGCAAAUUAUGUCAAGUUUUAAUAUCUGUGAUUAC